AUGAGAAUUUAAAAUUAAUAUAUUCAGGUUUCUCCUUCAGCUGUUUAAUCAUUUUCUCCUUCUAUUUUAACUCUUCUCCCAUUUUCCCAAAUUCCAGCUUUCCUCUCUCCAGUUUCAGUUAUAAUUACUCCUUUCCCAUUUUACUUUCCUAAAGCCCAUUCUCCUUCAUAUCUUUUACCGUUAUUCCAUGAAAACACUCCUUGCCCAUGUUUUUUAUCAUCUAAAUAGUAUCCUUUGUAGCUUUUCCCAUCUAAGAAUAUAAAAAUCAACCAUAAGUCGCAACCAGAUUUGCACUUGAACGACCAAUUUGUUCUCCAAUAAGUUGUUACUACUGCAAAUAUGAACUAUUAUUUGACUGGAACUGAAGUAUGGUAUACUGGAAAUGGAUUGAAUAAGAAAGCAACAAUAGUUUCAGUUAAUAAUUCAGUCAAAGGGCAAGUAAUUAUCUAAUUAAAUGCUGAAAUUGCUUGGAGAUCAGUCACUAUCAAAGUUACCUCCACUUUAUCCAACACCUAAACAGGAGCAAGAAGACUUUUGGUUUAAACUACCUAUGAUCCAGUAGUGGUGAAACUUAGAAAAUAAAAUGCAUCAAGGCUGAAGGAUCAGAAACAUGUCCUGUCUGUAAGCAAUAAUGCGAUGCUUAAGAUUUUGCUAGUGAUAAUUGCGACGCAUGUUCAUCUUCAACAAUCAUCACAUUUAAUUUUAUUGCUUUAUUAUUAGAAUUAACAAUUUGAUUAAUUAAUAUAUGUCCAAUCAUUUGCCUUUAAUUUAAAUUAAUAGAUUUAUCUACAUAAUCAAUAGAUUUCAAUUUUAAUAUAGUUUUAUAUUUUCAAUAAUUAACCUAUUAUUGGAUUAUCUCGCAAGAUCUUGUCACAAAAUACUCAUUUAAGAAUUCUUAAGUAGUAUGUAUUACAACAAUAAUUUUUAGUUUGA